GACGACAUACCUGCUCUUCUGAAGCCACGCGGCCACCUGCUGGCUCAAUGUCCUCGCGCCCAUACAGCGUGGUGAAGAAAGGGUGGUAGAAAGAGAGGUGUGGUAACCUCCAUGUAGGGGUUUAAGUGCAGUCGACAGUGGGUGUUAACACUGGUUAAUGUGGUACAGUCAACAGGCGAGUCAUUUCCCCGCUGCGAUGCUGCCGUCCCAUUACAAGUGAAAUUUCAAGGAGCAGGACCAGCGGACGGAAAUGCGUAUUUUUUGGAAAAACAUUUUGGCAGUGCUGCUUCUUGUCGGAGGAUUGUACUACAUGAGCCAAUCAAACUUGCUUAUUGCUGGCGAGUCACAGAAGGUGAUUACAAAUGAGUUAACGUGGAGCGUACAGAGGCUGGUUAGUAAGGAGUCCUGGGUGGAGCAGGGGGAUUACCUCCCUCUCAAUGUGUCCUACCAGCUGCUGGCUGGAGCACCAUCUACUCAACAGAGGUUUUUAUCAGUAGGACUGUCCUCUGUGAAGAGGGCGAAGGGAAGCUAUCUCAUCCCCACCCUGCAGUCCCUCUUCUCCCAGUCUUCUCCUGAAGAGCGCUCUUCCAUGGUGGUGGUGGUGCUGCUAGCAGACUUCGAUAUCAGCUGGAGAGUCAGCACAGUGACUGAGAUCAAAACUGCAUUUGCCUUGGAGCUGGAGCAAGGCCAGCUGGUGGUCCUCCACGUUCCUCAGGAGAUGUACCCUCCUUAUACAGGUCUUAAGAGGAACUACAACGAUCUUCCUGAAAGGGUAUCGUUUCGCUCCAAGCAGAACCUGGAUUACUCCUUCCUGAUCCUUUACAGUGCUAGUCUGGGUCAAUACUACCUCCAGAUCGAAGACGACGUUUUCUCUGCCAAGAAUUUCCUUUCCACCAUCAAGAGGCGUGUGGCGGAGCAAGAGGCGAAGAAGACCACCUGGGCGAUGCUGGAGUUCUCGGCCCUCGGUUAUAUCGGCAAGCUCUACAAAUCAGCCCAGCUUCCUCUCCUGGCACGCUUUCUCUUCCUCUUCUACCAGGAAAUGCCUUGCGACUGGUUAAUGGGUCGCUUCCGAGAUUUGAUGACCCAGAAAGAGCCAAUCCUUUUCAAACCCUCGCUGUUCCAACACAUGGGAACCUUCUCCUCGUUCCAAGGCACAUACAACAAGCUUAAGGACAAGGACUUUGAGGAGCAGUAUACCAAUCCUCUGGCUGAGGUUUAUACUGAUAUGUCCUCCUACAAAAAACAUUUUCCCAAACUGGCCUGGGACGCUGGGGAGGAUUUCUUUUGGGGACGCUCCCCAGAAAAAGGUAAUCACCUGACUGUGGUGUUCAGAGGCCCUACACUAGUGACAGGGAUUAUGGUAGAAACAGGGUCAGGGGGCAAAGACCUCCUAGAGUCAGCUCAGGUGGAGAUAGGCCAUGACGUGAUCACCACAGAGAAAGACAGGAGUUGUAAAGAGUUCCAGACAGUUGGGACGUUCAAAAAUGGGUUGUUUGAGAUCCAAGAGAUGGACAAAAAGUACACCUCUGCCUCUUCCUGUCUGAGGAUACAGAUCACAGCUGCGCAGAAGGAUUGGCUGAUCAUUACCAAAAUCAGGAUCUCAACAAAGCUUCGUACAUCCACAAACCAAGCCUAGGAGGGACACUUGCCUUCCUACCAGGGGAAUAGUUUUGUAUCUGCUGGAUGCAGGCUAAACAUGUGCCUUGUUGAACCGUUCCAUUGACCAAACAUCUAUCCAGAAACAGUUUGAAGCUACUGUCAAUAUGAUGUUUGAUUAAGGCAAGAUGUAUAGACGAUGUGUGCACAUAAAACCAUGCCUUUGCCUCUUCAAAAACAUAAACUGGUAUUUAUAAAGGAAGAGUGCAGAUUGUCUGUUAAUUUAAGUUAGAGUAGAGAAUAAUGUGAUUUGUAUUUACUGGUUCAGCAGCUUUAUUAAAUCCAUUAUAAAGGAAGAGUGUUUAGUAAGAAUGCGUUAACCUCCCACAUAACAUGCCACCAGGCAUACAGUGAUUGAGAUAUGAAGACGUGGAAAUAAAAAUAAGGUGAGACACAGGAUGUUAUAUGUUCCAAUACGUUUUUGUUAUUUAAACUAUUUUCUAUUGAGACAUUCUGUAAACUAUUCAAAUAUUAGGGUUAUUAUCUGUUAACUAAAUAAUAGCUUUUGUAUGACCUAUAAUGACAACUGAGACAAACUGCUGUUGAUAGAUUAAAGGAGAUUAGUGACUGUUGGUGCCUUAAGAAGCUGCAGCCAUGCGUAAUGAUCCUGGGUCAGGAUUGCUGCUCAGUUGUUGGAGGACCUUGCCUAUGUGUGUAUAAAAUGAAAACAAU